UUAGUAAGACCUUUUGUUUCGGUAAUUACCAUAGGAUUGUUCCAAUUAUACUUCAAAACAAUUGGAUAUUAUGUUUAAAACACCACCCAGUCCUGCCUGAAAAUAGUUAAUAAUAUAAAUAUCCAACUAGCAAAGAAGACGAAAAGUUAUGGCGGGAAUGAAUGAGUACUCUAGCCUAAAAUUUCAAGCGGAGUAUGAAACGCACGAUGAUCACCUGGGCAAGGAGCAUCGGACUGGGGACCGGGAUCAACAUUUACCCGUGACCUAUGGCCCUAGCAAACACUUGGGAAGCAGCCUUGAAGAGCGCGAGAAGGCGAUUGUGGACGUCGUCGGCGUACAGUGGGUCUCCCUGGUCACCGAGAACCUGCUUAGCCAUCCGUUUGUGGUGCUGCGCCGCCAGUGCCAGGUGUACAAUGCCUCGAGACGCUAUCAUUUGCAUCCCUUUCAGCUUCUGCCCAGCAUCGUCCACCUGCACAGAAGGCAGGGACUGACGACCCUGUGGAAGGGCGUGGGCAGCUGCCUACUGGUGCGCGGCAUGACGCUGGCCAUCGACGACUUUAUCUCGAAGGUGACCAGCUGGCCCAAGGAUGUGAAUAGUCGCACCACGCUAAAGCGUUUCGGACAGCAUCUCCUGCUCAAAUGCAUAAGUAUCGGCCUGGUGGUGCCCUUCUAUGCAGCUUCUCUCGUCGAAACGGUGCAGAGUGAUAUUGCCAGCGAGAAACCCGGUCUAUUCGAUGUAUUCCGGGAGGGAAGUCUGCGCUUGUUUUAUUGGAGCUCUCCGCAAAAGGGCCGUAUGCUACCAGCCUGGGCUCUAAUCGGGCCAAGUGUCUCCUUUGGCAUCACCAAGUAUCUGUUUAAUCUCGUGAUACGGGGCGUGUCCUCACGCAUAAUGCGGCUUCGUAUAAAGAAUUCCCAGGACGGCCAGGGUGGAAAGUAUCAGGACACCACGCUGGAACAACAGAAUGCGGACAUCUAUGCCAGCCUUAUUGCUAUCAUAACCACUGAGGUCAUGUUCUUCCCGUUCGAAACGAUUCUACACCGUCUGCAAUUGCAGGGAACACGAACUAUAAUCGACAACCUCGACAAUGGCUACGAUGUCGUACCCAUUCUAACAAACUAUCAAGGAGUCGUCGAUUGCUAUCAGACAACGAUUGUCUCCGAGGGAGUUAGUGGCCUCUACAAGGGCUUUGGAGCCAUGAUCCUGCAGUUUGCGGCACACGUGGCCGUCAUCAAAUUGACCAAAUGGGUUGUGAAUCAAAUCGUAGAGGUCAUCUCCAACCGACCACCACAGCGAAUAGUGAAUUACUAUAAUCUGGAUGAGAAUGCUUGCAACUCCAGGUCCACGACCUUGUCGCCAAGCCUUUCCAGUACCGAAAUGGGGGAGAUUAGUCUUGGGCAGAAUUCACAAGACUAGUUAAUGGCUAGUCAAAUUAUAUUGCAUAUGUAAAUUAUAC